GACUUCCAUUUCCAUCCUCUCCACAGUAGAGGUCUACAGAGGAUAGAAAACCAGACUGAGAGAGAGAGAGCCCCCACGAUUUUAAGACUAUAUAUGCGUGCUCAAUAAGCCGUUUUGUUCUUCACACAUUGCACCCACAAAAAUCAUCGAACCAUUUUUGAAUUCCACAUCUUUACGUCGCUCUCACACCUCCUUCAGAUCUGAACUUGAACUUGCAGCUCUCAUUUCUCUCUAUUUUCAACAUACAUUGCAAAUUAUUCAUCAAAUUCAUCAAUUUCUCACAUUUUCCACGCAUAAUUCCGCUGAUCUACCCACUUUACUAUUCCCACUUGCAUAAUUCAGUGUCAUUUACAGUCCGAUCUACAUACCCAUAUCAGGGAAUGAGCUAAUAUAUAGGUCCUACAGUUAUACAUAUAGCCUACCUAUAUAUAUAAAUAAAUAGAGGUGUAUGGCAAUGCCAUCAGGAAAUGGGGUUGUUUCCGAUAAAAUGCUGGGCGGCGGUGGUGAUGGUGUUGGAGAAAUGGUGAACCACCAGAGGCAGUGGUUUAUAGAUGAGAGAGAUGGGAUUAUAUCGUGGUUGCGCGGGGAAUUUGCGGCGGCGAAUGCGAUAAUUGACGCUUUAUGCAACCAUUUGAGACUAAUCGGUGAGCCGGGUGAGUACGAUGGAGUUGUAGGGUGUAUACAGCAGAGGAGGUGUAAUUGGAGCGCGGUGUUACAUAUGCAGCAGUACUUUUCGGUGGCGGAGGUGUUGUAUGCGCUGCAACAGGUUAGUUGGAGGAGGCAGCAGAGGUAUUUUGAGCCGGCGAAGGUGCAGGGGAAGGAGUUUAGGAGGGGUGGCGCAGGUGGGUAUAAAAAGCAAGAACAACAGAGAGUUGAAAUUGUAAAGGAAGAGUAUGUGAAUGCCAAUGAUUCUGAGAAUUUGGUAGGGUUGGAGAAAGGAGAAGAGAUUGCCAAAGGGGAGGAUAAGAGUGUGGCAUUUGAGGAAGAGAAGAAAGAUGUGGUUGCAAAACCUCAAGUAGAGAGCUGUGUCAAGAGUACGGGAAACUCAGAAGUAGUGAUUGCUGGCCAUUCAGAAUGUGAGGCAAAUCAUGUAGAUGAUGCAUGCACCUCAAACUUAAGAGAUGUGGUUGCAAAACCUCAAGUAGAGAGAAGUGUCAAGAGUUCGGGAAACUCAGAAGUAAUGAUUGCUGGUGAUUCAGAAUGUGAGGCAAAGCAUGUAGAUGAUGCAUGCACCUCAAACUCAAGAGGUUCUUGUAAUAUGCAUCAGCAGAAUGAUUCGCAGUCCAUACAAAGUCCGCAUCAGAAGCAGAAUCUGACAGUUAUUCCAAAAACUUUUGUUGGCACCGAGAUAUUUGAUGGAAAAACGGUUAAUGUAGUUGAUGGAUUGAAAUUGUAUGAAGAACUAUUUGAUGAAUCAGUAGUUUCAAAAAUUGUUGUGUUGGUAAAUGAUUUGAGAGCUGCGGGGAGAAGAGGACAGUUACAAGGCAAGUUCUCCAAUGCAUUCUCUCUAUUUGGACAUGGCACAUGUCUUUGUUCCUUUUCCUUUUGA